AUGUGCGCUGCACCGCCGCCGCCUCUUCCGGGUGCCGCCGCCCCCGCUUCCGUCCGGCGCCCCAUCGGCCCGCCUCCUCCGCCGCGCCACGGACCUGCCCCCUCCGCCGCGCCGCAGACCCGCCUCCUCCUGGCGUAUUCCUCCCGCACGGCAAGACUAAACCACCCAGCCCGAGAAACCAAACCGCAACAAAAAGCCCCACCCCCACCCCACACUGACCCCCGAUCCAUCCCCCACCUCCCCUCCACCUUCUACCGCGCCACCGCCGCCCCACCCCCUUCCCACUUCUGCUGUGCUGCCGCCGUUUCGCCCGUCCCCGUCCACCUUCCGCCGCGAUGCCUCCGCCUCGCCCCCGUCCAACUUCUGUCGCGCGGCCGCCGUCUGGCCCUGCCCCCGUCCACCUUCUGCUGCGCCGCCACCGCCCAAAAUACCGGCCAUCCCGCGCCGCGCACCGCCAACACCUUCCUUCCUCAUUUGCCCCGCCGCCGGCCUGGGCUCUCUUCGCACCUUCCCUGCAUCUCCGGUGCCUUCGCCGCAGGUGGAUUCCACCCCCUCGCCCGGAUCCGCCACCCAUCCACGAUCCGGAUCGAGCCUCCGCCACGGGUGAACCCCAUCCUCCUCCCAUGGGUGAACCCCAUCGAGGUGACCUCCAAGGCCCUACCCUGGCCCCUAGCCGUCCUCCCGCAGCUGCCAGGCGUCAGAUCUGCGCGUCACCGUCCCGGGUCACCGGCGACUCUUCCCUCUCCUCCCCGUCCCGGGUCAACAGCCACCGCGUUGCCGUUCGCCUGCCUAGCCUCUCUCUGGCUCUCCACCAUCAACGGGUGGGCGACAAAAAAGUUGCAGGCACGCAGGCUGCAAUCUGACGGCCGUCAAUGGUCAUAUGUCGGACGAGCCCAACCGUGCAGUACGCCAGAGCAGGAUAGAGAAGUACGAUGGUGUUGCAGAGAUAUUGGAGCAGAUGAGAGAAUAACCUUGAAGUUGAGUGGUUUGUAAUAGGAAGUGUGCUCGAUGGUGCAGUCAGGGUCAAUCAGCUCCAUGAGCCAUGCGAUGUCCUUGUCAUUGAGGGAGGAGUACAACUCGUGAAUCACAUCUAUCAGGGGGGAAGAUGGUAAGGCAUUAACUCCAUCUCCAUGGAAAGCUUUGUUGAGACCACAGCUGGUUGCUUUUGGCCCUGGUAUUGAUCGUAUGGGCUUUGGCGAAGAUUGUUGGCUCUUCCCCCACUUGGCGCUUAUCUUGUGUCACCGGGACAAGAGGCGCUGUUUAGUGUUGAGAGAGGGAGACUAGAAGGAGACAAGUGUGAGGGCAGAAAUCAUGGCUUCUGGGUGUUUGAUGAAUGUAGAAAGAUGGCCAAGGCAUAGGGGGAUGAGGUGUGAUAUAGCAGCGUUGGUGGGCAUUUUUCGGUUGCUUGGUGGUCAGACAAGGAAUCUGAGUACAUACAUAUAUAUGGAUGAAAUAAUUCACGUGGUGGUACAUUGCUAAAGCAUAAAGAUUCGUUACGAUAUGAAGUAAUGAAUAUCUUCUACAUACAUUAUAAUGUAUAGAGCCAGGGUAGGCGAGGCCAAUCAGUAAUAAGGUAUUUACUUUCUUCCUUGGGUUUUUUUACAUUGAGGUCCUGAGAGAGUAUAGGAGGCUUGCAUGUGUUGUAUUCUUCAGAAAAGAAGAGAAGAGAAGAGAAGAGGUCACUUACGGAAGAAGCCUAAGACUGCCUUCUUGGUUGGCGGCUUGUACGCCUUGGUCGACUUGCCGAUAGCUUUCUUGGCGGCAGCAGAAAGCUAUAUACAACUUUUUCGUUUGCUCUGUCAAAAAACCAACUAGGAAGUUCACUACAUUCAUCUUUUUCAUUUUUUUGGAAAGGUAAUUUGUUCUGCACUUGUAACGAGGGUGAAGAGAGCAUCAAUGUUCCUUUAAAAAGAAGUUCAUUUUGUUG